CUCGCAUAGUUCUGGCUGAAUAUGCUGCGGUCUGACCAACGAAUCCUGACCGGCACGUAGUGAUAUCUGCCUGGUCGCGAACGUGGCCUGCUUGCGACUGGCUCUCCUAUUGCACGCGCAAACCUUCCGUCGCUAGCCACCGAGGCGUCUUCUGCCCGCAGCCUCGAAAACGACACUGCAUCCUCCUCGACGACCUCGAGCAUGAACACACAUCCGCCUGAUGCACCCUGUCUCAGUCCUCACAUUCGGCAUCUUCUUAGCCGGAUACAUCACAGCUCGCUGGGAUUUGGUCACACGCUUGUAUGAGCUCGCCAUCUUUGCUUGGGACCACGGAGUGAUUACACGUGCUGCCAAAGGCUUCGCUGUACUGUCCAUUUUCUUCGUGCUGGUGCUCAUCCCCAUCGAGCGCAUUGCCGCCAGAGAAGCCGAGCUUCACCCUCGACCCCCGGAAGCCAGCAUAUCAGCGCGCGAACAGCUGAGACGCCGAGGAUCCUUUUAGACUCUGCUUCGACACAAAGAGUGCCCGCAAUGGGAGCAUGCCCAGCCACAAUCAUGGGUUGAUGCGCGUAUUUUGGCCCUCGGAUGCGCCAAGGGAUAGCAUCCCGGGAGUACUUGUAGGAUGGAGGAAUUCAGACUUGGACGUUCUCAUCGUAGCGGUCCUGCAAGGCGUGGAGCCUCGCAACGUCGAUCAUGCCCUGCGCAUGCGAACACUUUUUCGCGGUAGCCCGUACUCGAUCGACAAGCUCGUAGCACACUGUGGGAAUCAGCAACUGCAGGUCCUUGGGACACUCAAUAUCGAACCCGCGAGCACGAUCUUCGAUCCAAAGCUGCUCUGUUUGCAUAUUGUGCCCAGGAGCGCAACACCACGAGUCGAACGUUACGAAUAUGCCCCGGUCACUUUCCAGAUUAUCACUUUUGACAGACCCGACCCACGAAGGAUGCAAUAUUUGUCGCUGACGCCAAUUUCCCUUGCGCUCGUGGAUAAGAGCGGGCCGCACGGCGGUGACUCCUCGUUCGAUCGAAUCGACAAAGACGAAGCAGACGCCAGGAAGAAAAAGGCGAGCCUUGUGGAGAAGUUGAAGCAGCACAGUGUCAUUAGACAUGCACGAUCUGAGAAAGAGAUGGCAUUGAAUAAUAUCGUUGUACAAAUCAAUUGCUCAGCUGAGUUGGACGCUCUGCUGCAGUCCAACAUCGGCAUGGUUGGUGUGCGGACGAAGCGAGCGAUGAGCGUGGGAGAAAGAGUGGUGGAGUCGGCAACAAAUUUCUGGGACUACGUGCAGCUGGAAUCGAAAAGGUCAUUCAGGCACCACGUCUGGCCAUUUUUGAGGCAAGUAGUCGUGCUAUACCUGAUGGUGCUACGAAUAGCAGCAGAAGUCUUGCUUUCUUUGCUGGACUGGCGACCGUUCGGGCAAGCAGCUCUGAAGGACAUCUCGGCCACCGCGCAGCAAGUCGACAUCCGUCUGCAGCAAUUCUGUUACUGGCCCGAUCAAUACGUGACGUUGAACAGAAGACGCAAUGACUGGGAGAGCAUCACCAACAGUCAUCCGGACUACAUCCGCUUUUUCAAUUCGCUGUGGCUGGUUGCGAACGAUGUCAUCAUUGGCAUUGCCUUGGGGUCAUACAUCGUUGAAAAUGUCGACUAUGUGGCCUAUCUCCUUGAUACCACCUUAGCCGAGUAUUCGGUAGCUGGCCUUCAACAGAUGCUAACAUGGCUCAUGGACUAUCCCGCUGGAUUGAAACUCAAUAACGAGCUUGCGACUUUCCUUGGUGAUCUCUUCCUUUGGGUCAUUGAAUACUGGAAUGGCUGCAUGACUGAACUAAGGCCGGCGUUGCCUUCUUUGAUCCGCAUCAUUGGCAUCACCAGCUUCGCCGGCGCCAGUCUCCCAAUCUCGAUGUUCUCAGACUUGCUCUCUGUGUUGACCAUGCACAUCUACUGCUUUUACGUUGCCUCGGCUCGCAUCUACAACUGGCAGCUAACAAUCAUCAUUUCGCUCUUCCAUCUCUUCCGUGGGAAAAAGCGAAACAUAUUACGAAGUCGCAUCGACAGUUGCGACUACGACCUCGAUCAGCUCCUUCUGGGUACGAUCCUGUUUACUCUCCUGUUUUUCUUGUUGCCGACGGUUGCCGUAUUCUAUGCGACAUUUGCCGGUGCAAGGAUGGCCAUCAUAGCGCUCAAGGCCGCGCUGGACACGUGGUUGGCGUGCCUGAACCAUUUCCCACUUUUCGCUCUGAUGCUCCGCGUCAAAGACUCUCGGCGUUUGCCUGGCGGUAUUCAGUUUGAGCUGCAGGAUCCUCCGCGCAUAAUUUCAUCGGCCUCUGAGAGUUCUGCUGAGGUGGGUAAAGUGGCGCCAACAUCUUACAUUAAACUCAAGUCCAUUCCCCUUCCUCUCUCACAGACAUUCUCGCAAUACGCACAGCUGGGACAGAGACUUCGUAAGCACUACCUCUUGCCGAGAGUAUUUUUAUGCUUGGUGUCUGGGCAGUUUGUGCCUCCCAUACAUCGCAAGAACCUUUACAGCUUGCAGUACAGCAUGCUCCCGGUCAAGCGAAUAACAAUCGGCGAGCUAUGGCAGCUGUUGACGGAGCAGAGGCCGGUCGAGCACGGACAGGUGAACGGACAGCCGAUCACCAAUGGCCAUAUUGGUGGUGGCAAGAAGAUGAACGGGAGAUUAAAGGCCGCCAACGGUUAUUGGUGGAGCAAAUGA